AUGCAGCUCCAGGCCUCCUUCUCAUUUUUCCUGAUCCUCACGUUCUGCCAAGAGCUUUGCUCAGAACCAAGAAGAGUGUCCAGGAAGCCCUUACCACCUCUGUGCAGCCUUCCUGUGGAUAAAGGCCAGUGUCAGACCAUGGUACUGCGGUGGUACUACAACACCAAAUCUGGCAGGUGUGAGCGCUUUGGCUACGGAGGCUGUGGAGGCAAUGAGAACAACUUUCUGAACAGAAACAUAUGCCGGUUAACCUGCAGACGCUCCUGA